CCGGUCGCGCACUCACUGACUAUAGGACUGCGAUCAAGCAUCGGGCCCUGGGGAUAUAAAGCGUCAGAUAUUGUACAGGGGCAGGGCAUCGGACGACACUGCACCGCCGCCGUACUCAACAGUUACACAAUGCUCUUCCGCUUCAACGCUAAGCUUAUCCUCGCGGUCGUCGCCGUCCUGGCGCUCAGCACGCCUUUCGCGGCCGCUGCGCCUACGCCCACGCCUUGUGAAGCCGACGCCGCUGCGCCUGUCGCUGGUGAGAAGCGGGCGAGCCACAUCGAGAACUGUUGGCUGUGAAGGCGGCUUCAACGUGGAUGACGGAGAAGCUGACUAGAUGUACACUACCUGCACGGGAAUGAGUCCGCCUGCCGGUUGACUUGCGGAUUUGCUGUAUUGGGAUACCUAUGUAUUGUGGAAGUGUUCAUCGCGCACAUUUCAGCUUGCACAUGCUGCACAUUCG